UACUCAUCUUGAUCUUUUACUCACUAUUUCUAUCUUUUAUUCUGAAAUGUCUUCAGCUAAUUCUUCAAAUGUUUUGUCUGAUUCUGUGCCGUCAUGUGUGUUGACUGUUUGUUGCGUCAUAUCAAUUAUCAAAACAACUUUUCUCGUUAACGUUUCUCAUUACUUUUAGAAAGUAAAAAAAGAAUCACUGCUCUGUAGUUUGACCAGAUGUGUUAAUUUGUCCCUGAAUCCAGAAGAGGUCACUCCCUCUGGAAAAGUUGGGUCAGAGUUUAAAGAAGCUCCACAGCAGAUAGGUAGUGAUUUUUAAAACAAGCAUGACAGUAGAAUAUUAUCACACUGACUUUGUCGUUGAUUCUUGAUGGUUUUUGUUUUGUGUUGUUUUCCUCUUGGCCACCGCUCCAUGGUGCAAAUCUUCAUUCUUGGGUGAAAUCUUAAAAUGACGUCAGUUUGCCUGAAGACUGAUCGUCAACAAACAGAAGUGGUUGAAGACAGAAAGGAGUCUUCUGUCAGAAAGAGUCGUGGACAAAGGAAUUCUCUUGCAGCAGAAGUUGAACAGAGACAAGUGGAAGUGAGGACGUUUGAGUUGAGGGAGUCCAGUGAAGAAAUCACUUUGAAAAUGCAGCAACAAAUGGUGAAAGAUUCUUUAUGGUUCUGUGAAGAUCAACAAGAUGAAUAUAAGGAGGCUGAAAAAUCCGUAGACACUGAACCAUGUGAUGAAGAAGACUUUGAUCAAGAAGAUGUGGACCUGAGAGAUGAAAUGUCUCUGACGUCAGUCUCCCCGCCUCUACAGAACUUUACACUUACACCAUCAAAGCUAGACAUCGCACCAAAGACUGCAAUGACUCAUCUUGCAAAGACAGAAGUUUCACCUCCUGACACUGGAUCUGCAUCCAAAGAAGAGGCUGACAAGGCAAGUGCUCAAGAACGAAAACUCAAAGAAGAAACUUGUACAGAGCAGACAGACACGACUGAAUCACCUAAAUCCGUAUGUCCUGAAGAAAUCCUCUUUGCAAUGGAGGAGCUUAAACCUCAAAUCUCUGCUACACUUGAAUUAGUCACAAUACAGCAGAAGUCUAGAGGACCUAAAUAUGUGGCUCCUUCAAAGCAAGCUGACUCUGUGGAAGUGGUUCCAUCUGAAAGACACAUGUCUUCGCCUCGUAGUAAACACAAGUCACCGCCUCCUGAACAAGACUUACCCAGGAUUCUACCUAAAACCAUGCUGUCUCAUCCUGUGACAGUUAUUCCUCCUGAGAAAGAAGCAAGGCCGGGUAAAAAGAUUGAGUUUCCGCAAGAAGACAUUACAAAAACUCCCAAAGCUACCGAUGAAAUGUAUGUUGAAGACACUGUAUUUCCAGAGAAAUCACGUCCUGUACAGGAAGAACUGUCUUUUGAAGAGGAACUCAUCCAAGCAACAACAUCAAUCCCAGAACGUCGGAGAGUGUCAUCUCCAGUUACAACUCAGAUUCCUUUGCCGGAGAAAACUGUCCUUCUUCAGGAAGAAACUGAACCAAAGAAGACAUCUCCUUCUCUUCCCAAAAUGUUUACUGCUCCUGAACAAACCUUUGUCCCUGAAGAAGUGACACUGUCCAAGAAAUCUAAAGACAAGGUUUCUUUGACUAAACAACCUAAGGUUCCACCACAGAAGAAAUAUUUUCCUUUUGAGCAAGAAACUCUUCUACCUGCUUCAGUCGGUUCCUCUGAGGAAACAAGAACCUCUGCAACGAAACCUCUAACACGAGCUGAUGAUGACAAACCAAAGAAGAGAACAGAGGAGGUUGAACAACAAACUCUUCAGACAGGUAAUCUGUUGUUCUUGAGCCGCUCAGGUUCAUGAUCUUCAUCAACUCCUCUUCAAAGAUGUUCACAUUUUUCAUACUCACAUACAAAACUAAAAGACAUUUCACUCUAAUCUUCACAUGGUCGCAUUAACCCUCUUUUUGUCUUUAAAACGUAUUCUUCUCUUAACAUAUUUCAUCGUUGACCUUCUUUCUUCAUUCUGUUACUUCUUUUGUUUGUUUGUGAAGUUAUUUGUAUUUAAAUCAUCGUUUAUAAGUCGUGAUAUUGAUCACAAUGUUUUCUUGGUCGUGAUCUUGGAAUCUUGUAUU